AUGUCUUUCGAGCCCGAUCCCGAGCCCACGAGACGUGCGUCGGCCUACAAUCAAGUAAGAAACAGUUCAUACUCGCCUCAGGCCGAACGUCGUUACCACCCAGCCGGUCCCCCUCCAUUACAACAACCUCCGAUCGCACAUGUGUCUCCUACUCUUCGAACUCCGACGACCCCUCGUCAGAAGGACCCUCUUCGACUCCAAACUUCAAUAUCCAGCGCCGAGUCGGCUUCGACGAUUGGGGCGGAAACCAAGCCAUACCUCGCAUACAAACAAUACCAAUAUGGCCCGAUGGCAGAGAGGGGCUUGGUAGAAGAGACGAUCACCAGACAUUCCCCUUCGGGCUCACAGCAAUCGGGACGUGGAGCAAGAAGAAGCAUUCAGGCGGGGACACCCGUGAUAGAAGACAACUCGGCCGUAUUCCGGUACAUCCAAGAGAAAUCAAUCACAGCGGACGAAGAGAUAGAGGGCGACCAUGCCCUGUGGAUUCUGAUGUGGAUGUCCUUUCUCGACCCUUUUCACUGCCUUUUCAGCGCUCUGUUCUCAAUAUUCGCCGUCCUCAUCAUCACGGUCUUUGCCCCUCUCCGGCUCUGUCGCAAAGAAUGCUCGCCCAGCAUAUCUCUGGUGCGCAUGAUUGCGCCGGUCUUUCGAAAUCAUCUGCAAAUGAUCUUUGCGAAAUCGCUCGACAAUGCUCACACCUUCGAGUUCAGUCCGGUUUGUCUGGUUCUGGUCCACAUUAUGUCUCCUCUAAUCAGCAUUGGAAAUGCCAUUGCAGCCUGGAUCAUGGCAGUAUUUUGGGUCUUUGCCAUCAUCAUGGGAAACCCGGACGGGACCGAGAGACGCGAUGACGGGCGCGCCUCCGUGCUCCUUUUGAGGGACUGGUGGGAGAAGUGUCUCCUUUUUGCUAUACGAAAGUGA